AUGAAAAAUUUUUGUCGUCUCUUGAAUGAACUUGAUCUUUUUGGUUGUGAAAUUAAGUGGAGAAUUGAUGGAGAUCAAAAGUUUAAAAGCAAGUUCGGAUCUUUUAUAUCUCUUUGCUUAUUUGCUUUCUUAACUUAUUCAUUUUAUCUAUUUAUCUUAGAAAUGAAUGAGGGAAAGAAUGCCUCUUUGAAUUCAAAAGAUGCUCUGUUAUAGGAGAAUUAAGGUUUAACAUUUGGCCCAACGGAUUUCUUAUUUUCUGUUGGGAUUGUAGACACUUAUGGUAACUAUAUAUAAAAUGACAUGAAUAAGAUAUUUAGCGUCAUUUUCUAUUAUUGCGAAUAGGUGGAAUUAAAGACUAAUUGUGAUUUCAUUCCUAGUGUGCCUUGUGACACCAUAGGACAAAGCUUCAGUGAUGAAGUAACUCAAAGAAAUUCUUAUUGUUUGAGUCCUGAAUAUAUGGAGAAAAGGCAAAAUAUUACUCUUUAAGGGUCUAUGAGAAUGAGAAACUUUUCCAUUCUUGGAUCAUUAAUUAAGUUUUGUGAAAAUACAACCGAUUUUUUAUAUUGUGCGCCAAAAGAAGAAAUUAAUUAAUAAUUAGCUAGCUCAAAUUUAUUUUACACUUACACAUCUUAUUCUUUUAAUAAAGAGCUGGAAGGGAAUCCCUAUUCUAAAUUCUAAAACACAGAAACUGCCAUAUUAUAUUCUCAAACAACCAAACAUGUUAAAGUUUAAUAGAAGUUUUCACAAGCAACUGCAAAUAUAAAUCCGUUUUACUUUUUCCCUUCAGAAUAAUAAUAUAGUGCGAUAGAAUAUGAUAAAUCAAUAUAUGACACCCAAUAUAAUAAUGGGAAUUCAAAUUUAUUAGCUGAAAUCAUGAUAUAACUAACACAUAAACGAUAAAUAUAUUAUAUUUAGUAUUAAACAUUGAUGGACGUCUUAGCUAAAGUAGGAGGUCUUUAUACAAUUUUAAAAAUGAUACUUGAUUUUAUAGUUUUACCUAUUUAAUAAUUACUUCUAAAUUUCUAUUUGAUAAAGACAUUGGAAUAAUUUAAAUGUAGUAUGAAUGAUAAUACUAAAAAAAGGUAAUCUAAUUCUAUCUCAGUCAUCAAUUUGAUUAAGGAUAAAAAAAUUCGAUAAUAGUAUUAAGAUGAAAGGUAAUAAAUACAAAAGACCUUGAGUAUUGAUGAAAUACUACAUAUGCAGUUAAAAUUAGAGAAGUUGUAAAAAUUAAUUAAAUAUAAAUCAAACUGUCCAACUGAUUAAAUAAAAGAAUUAAUGGAAGAAAGUCCCAGUCCUCAUUCUUAGACACCUAUUCUAAGCAUUUAAGUAUAAAAAAUGGAAAAUUUGCCAUUAAAUAGUUCACCUAAAUGA